GGGUGCUGCUGAGCCGCAGGAGGCGUGCAGGUUGCGAGGGGCAACAGGCGGGUCGGAGAUUGUGCUGACCUUUGUGUGAUCCUCGUCAUCCAUGAGCCCUGGUCCUCGCUGCCUGGUAGUAUCUGUGCAUGCUCUAUAGUAGGUGAACUCUGAACAUGAAGUUAUCCUUUGGCAUCCACAGGCCGGCCCUGGCCUACUCCAUGACCACAUUAGGUGCUGGAAUGAUGAACAGCAUAUUUAACUUCUACUACGUGAAGCUGUUUCUUAACCGUUACAAGAUAUCGGAAGGCGCCUUUCACCAAGCACAGGUGGUUUUUAUGAUCUGGAAUGCCAUAAACGACCCCUUAUUUGGUUACAUACAAGAUAAUUCCAAAACCGGCUUUUGCUCUAUACGCCGCCAUUCCAUAUUAUACGGAGCUCCGUUUUAUGCCCUCGCUUUCCUGCUUCCUUGGUUCCCCUGGAAAGAUUACUCAGAGGGUGAAUGGCUUAGUGGCGUCCACCUCGUGAUCGCCCUCUGUAUCUUUGAUGGCCUGCUUACCUUCGUUUUGCUCGCCCAGUGCGCCCUCUUUGCAGAGAUUUCAACCAAGCACGAAAAUCGCCUUCAACUCAUUAAAUACAACCAAGUGGCGUCACUGCUGGGAUCGUCCAGCAUUCUCUUCUGCGGGCUGGUGUCUGACAACAUGGAGGACUUCCCCAGCUUUCAGACGUUCACGGUCAUCGUGGCGGUCCUGUCCACGGCCUGCAUGUGUUACACCGGGGUGUUUGGUAUAAGCCAGUACGAACAGCGGGAGAAGUCACCGGAGAUCAGCGGAAAGUCCGAGGCGGCCCUCUCCUGGGCCGCCGUGCUGGCUCUUACCAAACAGAUCCUGACCCAAAGGAACUUUCUGCUCUUUGUGUUCAUGAACUUUUUUCAAGUUUUUCACGCUACUUUUUGCAGCAACUUCAUGAUCAUAUUUGCUGAUAACCUCAUUCCCAAAGAUGAGCUCCCCUCCUUUGCGAGGAGCGUCAUGUAUGGCGCUGGCUUCAUAUUUCCACAGUUUCUCGUGCUGAUCAAUCACUCCCUGUUGUCAAGUAUCGGUUAUUAUAAGGUUAUCCUCUACGCCUUCUACAUAGAAGCCAUUUCAGCUGUUCUGAUGCUGGUAAUAGGACCUCUGCAUUACUACAUCCUGGCCGUGUUCCUCACCACCAACAUGGUGUUAGUUCAAGCAUCAUUUAGCAUAUUUAAUCUACCCCUGGCUGACAUUGUAGAUGCGGAUCUUGCAAAGUACAAACGCAAGUCUCCGCUAUCCUCGAUGGUUUUUGGGACAAAUGCCCUCUUCACAAAGCCUGCCCAGUCCCUGGCACCCAUGUUUGUUGUCAUUAUUCUGAAUCAGUAUGGAUAUGAACAAUUAACUAGCAAAGGGGAUCAGCCGGACCCCAGUUUGUUUUUAGGCCUCCAUGACGCCAUGUUCUACCUGACCUGCAUCGUCCCUCUGUGUAUAGCCGUCAUACAGAUUAUCAUAUGGAAGCCAUACUCCAUUCGGACCAGUCACGUGGCCAACGCAAACUGAGCAGCUGAAUAUGCAGUGACUUUUCUCACCGGUGCCUUAUAGUUGGUGUCAAUCCUUAUUCGACAUCUGACAAUUAUGGAGGACUCCUUCUUUACCUUUAUUUUAGUGAAUUUCUGACCGUAAAACUGUCGCUCUUUGUACGUAUGGAGCAGACCUGGAACCUGCUCCUUGUUCCGCUUUUCCAGAAAAUCUAUUAUAGGCAGCUAUGAAAUUUAAAGGGCUUGUUGGGGGUCCCUCUCCCAAUCAAGCUAGCAACCUUGGAGCUCCCAUGUAGUACAUGGAUGGCCAUUUAAAGGGGUUUUUCUGGGAUCAGCAUAUUGGUAACCGAUCCACGGGCCUGUGGGGGUCCUCCUCUUAGCACCCAUGCACACCAUGCUGUUUGAAUGGACUGUGGCGCUUGUGCAAACAGUGCCGCCUCCUGAGUGUUUACCUCCAUCCGUCCACCUGCUCCCCGUCUACUUGGUGGCAGUGCAGGCUCUGGCAACGUCACCCUAUUCACUUAAAUGGGACAAAGCUGCAAUCGCCUUCACCACGGCUACCUUACGUAGGACGCGCAGGUACAUGGACUGAAGUAAACAUUGAAGAGGCUACAGUGCUGACACAAGUACCGCUGCCCCUUCAAAUAGCUGAUCGGACCCCCACCGAUCUGAUAUUGCUGGCCUUUCCAGAGGACUGCCGAAAGAAACCCCUGUAAUGUUUAGCCGGGAAAAUGCCUGAGGGCUUAUCUAUAGUGAAACAUCUCGUAUUUUGUGUGUAUUAAGCCUCAUUCGCACGUCAGUGUUUCACGUACGUGUUCUCCGCGGACAGCACAUGUCCCCAUUCAUUUGAAUGUGUGUAUUCACACAUCAGUGUUUUAGCACGGUCCGUGGGUCCGUGUUUUCAGCACGGAUGCAUGUCCUAUCUUGGUCCGUGUUCCCGGAUCCCU